AUGCAAUCAGUGCCAAUUCCAUCAUCGUCUCCAGCCAAGUUACUAGAUCCAUCCACACCUAGGACAAGCACACCUCGAUUGCCCAAGUAUAUUCCUGCUACGGAUAGUGGAGAACCCCCAAAAGGUCGUACCCUGAUCAUCUGUCUGGAUGGCACUGGCGACAAAUUCGAUGGCGACAACAGCAAUAUCGUACAUCUCGUCAGCUGCCUCAAGAAAGACGAUCCACGACAAAUCACGUACUAUCAGACCGGCAUCGGGACAUACAACAGCGGAGGUCUGAGCAAUGGCAUCGCCGCUGCCAUUGAUAUGGCAAUCGGCAGUGGGCUCGGUGUCCAUGUGAGAGACGCCUAUCGCUUUCUCAUGCAAACCUACCGCGAGGGCGACAAGAUCUGCCUCUUCGGGUUCUCCAGAGGUGCCUACACAGCCCGCUGUCUAGCUGGCAUGCUUCACAAAGUUGGUCUGUUGCCAGCACACAAUGUAGCUCAGAUUCCAUUUGCAUACAAAUUCUACAAGGACGACACGCAAAAAGGCUGGGACAUGAGUUCUGACUUCAAGAAGACCUUCUGCAUUGACAUCAAUGUCCAUUUUGUGGGAGUGUUUGACAGUGUCGCCAGUGUUGGUCUCAUACCCAGAAAACUGCCGUUAAGCAGUACACCGACCAACAAGCCGAGCUACUUCAGACACGCCAUGGCUUUGGACGAGCGCAGAUCCAAGUUCAAAAUCUGUCGCUAUCAACAAAAAGACCACACCGAUCCCGACUCCAAGUGGGUCACCAAAGCAGCGACUCAAAACUCUCUCGAGACGCCACGCCAGCGGCUCGAAUCAACCAGUACUGCAAACACUUUUACCGACCCUUUCGAGAAGAAAUCGAGACAAGACUCUUCAGUCUCAAACAAGCCCAUCCGCGAAGUCGACUGCCUCGAAGUCUGGUUCUCCGGCUGCCACGCCGACAUAGGCGGCGGCGCAGUCGCAAACGAAGCACGCCACAAACCCUCUCAAAUUCCUUUGCGGUGGAUGAUACGGCAAUGCUUUGAGUGCAAUACCGGUAUAAUUUUUAACACCCAUCGGCUUGCUGAAGAAGGACUGGAUGUACAUAUGCUAUACCCAACCUACCACAGACUUGAGAAACCCGUCGUUGGUCCUUCGCCAAAUACAAUGGAGCGAUAUCAUCAAGGCAGCCUUGCACCUAUAUCCCGUCGCUCUACACUUCUAGAAGCUGCAGACGAAAAAUCCGACUUGUACACUCUAAACCUUCACCAAGACACUCAAAAGCACAAAAUCGCCGACCACUGGAUGCCCGAGCAAAUCGAAGAUUACUUUGACACAAUAGCACCGCUCAAUGAUCAACUCGUGCAAGCGAAAUUCUGGUGGAUACUAGAGGUAUGGCCGAUCAAAGUGCGUAUACAAGAGAAGGAAAAUGAUGCUUGGGUGAAGAAAGUGAGGAUGAAUUUGGGGAGGUACAGGGUUGUGCAGGAGCAAGAGCCGAAGUUGCAUUGGACGGUGCAGCAGAGGAUGGCGGAGACUGGGUAUAAGCCGCAGGUCAGAAUGGGUAGGGGUGCGGCUUGGAGGUUCGUUGUUUAG